UCCUCUCUCUCUCAUCUCUCUUUACACUUUUCUCUCUCUCUUUCUUUCCAGUUUUCACACGGAUUUCUUCUGAACAAAGCGAUCCAACUCAUAUAUAUAACCAAUCUCAUCAACAUGGUUGACGUCGACCGGAGAAUGACCGGUCUAAAUCCGGCCCACCUCGCCGGCCUCCGUCGUCUCUCAGCCCGCGCCGCCGCUUCCACUCCACUACCCAUCCGUAACGGUCUUUUCUCCUUCACCACUCUAGCAGAAAAACUCAUUUCUCACCUCAAAACCUCCGGCAUAAACGUCCAACCCGGUUUAUCUGAACCCGAGUUCGCUCUCGCCGAAGCCGAAUUCGGUUUCUCAUUUCCACCCGAUCUAAAAGCCGUCCUCUCUGCCGGUCUCCCACUCGGUCCUGGCUUCCCCGACUGGCGCUCAUCCGGUUCGGCUCGACUCGCCCUCCGCGCCGCCAUCGAAUUACCCAACGCCGCCGUCUCCUUCCAUAUCUCACGAAACGCCCUCUGGUCCAAAUCGUGGGGUCCUAGACCGUCCGAUCCGGAAAAAGCGUUAAGGAUCGCCCGAUUUGAAAUCAAACGGGGACCUCUCUUGAUUCCAAUUCUUAACCAUUGUUAUAUUCCCUGUACUCCUUCUUUAGCUGGAAACCCUAUUUUCUUCGUAGAUGAGAAUAGGAUCUUCUGUUGCGGACUCGAUUUAUCCGAUUUCUUUGACCGCGAAUCUUCACUUUCCCGGACAUCCGAAGUCUUAACCAAACAACGAUCUCUCAACGAGAAAUCCACAAGAUCUUCGUCUUCAGCAACGACUAAUUUCUCACGGCGGAGCCUCGACGCCGUCACCGGCGGACGAACGCCUAGAUGGAUUGAGUUCUGGAGCGACGCCGGAGUAGAUCGCCGGCGGAGGAAUUCCAAUUCCAAUUCAUCUUCGUCGUCGUUAUCCUCGCCGGAGCGGUUAAUCGAAAUGCCGAAAUCCGAGAUUCCCAAAUGGGUUGAAGAAUAUAUAAACGAGAUGGGAUCGGUUUUAAGAGAAGGCGGUUGGAAUGAAUCGGACGUUAAAGAGAUUGUCCACGUGUCCGCUUCUGGAUUUUUCGACGGUGAGAUGGUGAUUCUCGAUAAUCAAUCGGUUCUCGAUGCGCUUCUUGUGAAAGCUGAUAGAUUUUCCGAUUCGCUCCGGAAAGCCGGGUGGAGCUCCGAUGAAGUAUCCGAUGCUUUGUGCUUUGAUUUUCGGGUUGAUAGAGUGAAGAAACCGGUUAAGAAAUUGUCGCCCGAACUAGUGGAGCGUAUCGAGAAACUGGCUGAAUCGGUUGCCCGUUAACCCGGUUUUUUUUUUUUUUUAAUAUUUUGCUUUUAAGUUUUAACAUUGUCGGAUCUUGGGUCUAGUUUAUUUUAUAUUGGAGGGUGAAAUUGGAAAUAGAAAAGAAUUGACAACUGGG